AUGGGACCUCUCACUUAUCUCUUUCCACUUUUUCUUCUCUUCUGCUUCUCUCCGUUGACACUCUCUCGAACCACACCGGAUACCCCCAAAACGACACUCCUCGACGUCGUUUCCUCCCUUCAAAACGCGCACAAUGCCGUCGCUUCAGCCCGCUACCACCCUCUCCAACGAGAACAAGAACCCUCGCUUCUUUCGUCGUUCGCUGUUCAACUACAUUCCCGUGCCUCAAUUCAAAAACCCUCUCACAGCGACUAUAAAUCCUUAACCCUAUCGCGACUCGCGCGCGACUCCGCCCGUGUCAGAGCCUUGCAAACUCGUUUAGAUCUUGCUCUGAAUCGCGUCUCGAACUCGGAUCUCCACCCGGCCGAGUCACGCUCUGAGUUCGAAGCCAACGCGCUCAAGGGCCCUAUCGUCUCCGGAACGAGUCAGGGAAGCGGCGAGUACUUCCUCCGAGUCGGAAUCGGAAAACCACCGAGUCAAGCCUACGUGGUUCUCGACACCGGAAGCGACGUGAGUUGGAUCCAAUGCGCGCCAUGCUCCGAAUGCUACCAACAAUCCGACCCGAUUUUUGACCCGAGUUCGUCCUCUUCCUACGCGCCAAUCCACUGCGACGCGCCGCAGUGUAAAACGCUCGACCUCUCCGAGUGCCGCAACGGAACCUGCCUCUACGAAGUCUCCUACGGCGACGGAUCCUACACCGUCGGCGAGUUCGCCACGGAGACCGUUACUCUCGGCGCGGCGACUGUCUCCGGCGUCGCCAUCGGCUGCGGCCAUAACAACGAAGGACUAUUCGUCGGCGCCGCCGGUCUGCUGGGCCUCGGCGGCGGAAAGCUCUCAUUUCCGGCGCAGGUCAACGCGACGUCAUUUUCGUACUGUCUCGUGGACCGCGAUUCCGACGCAGUUUCCACUCUCGAGUUCAACUCGCCGAUGCCGCGCAACGCGGUCACCGCGCCGCUCAUGCGGAACCCCGAGCUCGACACUUUCUACUACCUCGGCUUGAAAGGAAUCAGCGUCGGGGGUGAGGCUCUCCCGAUACCUGAGUCGAGCUUCGCAGUGGACGCCACAGGCGGCGGAGGCAUCAUCGUCGAUUCCGGCACGGCGGUGACACGGCUACGGAGCGAGGUGUACGACGCGCUCCGCGACGCGUUCGUGGGGGGCGUGAAGGGGUUGCCGAAGGUGAACGGCGUGUCGCUGUUUGACACGUGCUACAACUUGUCGUCGAGGAACAGUGUAGAGGUGCCGACGAUGUCGUUUCAUUUUCCUGAGGGGAGGGAGUUACCGUUACCGGCGAGGAAUUACCUGAUACCGGUUGACUCAGAGGGGACGUUUUGCUUUGCGUUUGCACCAACAUCGUCGUCGUUGUCAAUCAUUGGGAAUGUGCAGCAACAAGGGACACGUGUCGGUUUCGAUAUCGGUAAUUCGGUCGUUGGAUUCUCUGCCAAUAGUUGCUAG